AUGUCAAACCUGAAGGAGUUGUGUAGCGGCCUGCCUCUGGACCCCAUGCCAUCCAAUCGGGGCCGGGACCCCAGUGUGCCACAUGCACCCGUCAGGAUGCCCAACCUCACUCCAGAGGAGGAGAGGCUGGCCCUGAGGAAUGUCCUGCGCUACUUUCCCCCCUCCCACCACAACAUCCUGGCUGCUGAAUUCGCCCAGGAGCUCAGGCAGUAUGGACACAUCUACAUGUACCGCUUCUGCCCCCUCAUACAUAUGAGGGCCUACCCUAUAGAUCAGUACCCCUGUCGUACACGCCAAGCUGCCUCCAUCAUGCUCAUGAUCAUGAACAACCUGGACCAUGCAGUUGCCCAGUUUCCCCAGGAGCUGGUUACCUAUGGGGGAAAUGGACAGGUGUUCAGUAACUGGGCCCAGUUCCGCCUGGUGAUGUACUACCUGAGUGAGAUGACAGAGGAGCAGACUCUGGUCAUGUACAGUGGUCAUCCAGCGGGGCUGUUCCCCAGCCUGCCCUCCUCCCCCCGCGCUAUCAUUACCAACGGCAUGGUCAUUCCAAACUACUCCUCCAGAGAGCAGUAUGAGAAGAUGUUUGCUUUGGGUGUAUCAAUGUAUGGUCAGAUGACUGCUGGUAGCUACUGCUACAUUGGGCCUCAGGGGAUUGUCCAUGGCACCAUGCUGACAGUGUUGAAUGCAGGGCGGAGGUAUCUGGGGUCUGAUGACCUGAGGGGGCGGGUGUUGGUGACAUCGGGGCUGGGGGGAAUGAGCGGGGCACAAGCCAAGGCUGCUGUCAUCGCUGGCUGUGUGGGGGUCAUUGCCGAGGUAGAUGAGGUGCCCCUGAGGAAGAGACAUGAGCAAGGCUGGUUAAUGGAGGUAACCAGUGACAUAGAACACUGCAUCCAACGCAUUAGAGAAGCCAAGAGAUCCAAGACUCCCCUCAGCUUGGGUUACCAUGGCAACGUUGUGGACUUAUGGGAGCGUCUGUUGACGGAGUAUGAGAGGACAGGAGAGCUGCUGGUGGACCUGGGCUCAGACCAGACCUCCCUCCACAACCCCUUCAGUGGAGGGUACUACCCAGCUCAGCUCAGCCUCCACCAGGCCAAACAGCUCAUGGCCACAGACCCAGCACGCUUCAAAACCAUGGUCCAUGAGAGCCUUUGUAGACAGGUAGCUGCCAUCAACAAGCUGUCUGAGGCAGGGAUGUUCUUCUGGGACUAUGGCAACGCCUUCCUCCUGGAGGCCCAGAGAGCAGGAGCGGAGGUAGAGAAGGAGGGAGGCGGAGCGACAGAGUUCCGCUAUCCAUCCUACGUCCAACACAUCAUGGGUGACAUCUUCUCCCUGGGCUUCGGACCAUUCCGCUGGGUCUGCACCUCCGGUGACCCCCGUGACCUGACACUGACUGAUGACAUCGCCGCCACUGUCCUGGAGGAGAUCAGCGCCAAUGUGACUGAGCGUGUGCGACAGCAGUACAACGACAACAUCCGCUGGAUCCGUGAGGCCGGAAAACACAGCAUGGUGGUGGGCUCCCAAGCCAGAAUCCUCUACUCAGACCAGAAAGGCCGUGUGUGUAUUGCCUUGGCCAUCAAUCAAGCUAUUGCUGAUAGGAGAGUUUCGGCUCCUGUGGUCAUCAGUAGAGACCACCAUGACGUCAGUGGAACAGACAGUCCCUUCAGAGAGACCUCCAAUGUGUACGACGGCUCUGCCUUCUGUGCAGACAUGGCGGUCCAGAACUUUGUAGGCGAUGCAUUCAGAGGAGCCACCUGGGUGUCCCUGCACAACGGUGGAGGGGUCGGCUGGGGUGAGGUGAUGAACGGAGGGUUUGGUCUGCUCCUGGACGGGACAGAGGAGGCAGCGAAGAGAGCCAGUCUGAUGCUCAACUGGGACGUCUCUAACGGGGUGGCUCGUCGGUGCUGGUCGGGGAACUCCAACGCCUAUGAGACCAUCCAGCGUACCAUGGAGGAGCAGAAGCAGCUUCGAGUCACUAUGCCCUACCCUGUGCAGGACGAAGAUGUGUUAGACAGGGCUCUGAAGGGCUAGAUCAGCACACUGCUCACAACAAAGCUAGCUAGUCACAGGGAGUAGCAUGAUCAAGGACGCAAAACAGAAUAUUCAUUGUGUCAAUCCACACCACCAUUCACAAUACUAGAUUGUCCUGAAUUAAGAGAAGAACCAAGAUGAUCACUUGAUCAUGGAUAUCAUACAGUUGAAGUCGGAAGUUUACAUACACUUAGGUUGGAUUCAUUAAAACUUGUUUUUCAA